AUGUAUAAAUAGGUCAAUGACUUUUUGAUUCAAUAACAAAUAUUCGUAAAUUAAAAGCGAGUCUAUCAUAAUGCUAUAAGAUUAAACCCAGAAAAUGGUAUAUAAAUAGUAAAUAUAUUUUACAGGUGAAAAUGGACUAAGUAUGUGUUAAAUAAUUGCAAAACCUCCAAUCAUACCUAAUAUUUUGCCAAAUUUUAGAAAAAUUUAUUCAGUUUAGAGUAGAAAUGUUAUUCAAUACAUUGAUUUCAAAGAAUCAGAAUAAAAUUACUAUAUAUUCAUGGAAUAGCUAAAUUAAGGAACUUUAGAUGAUAUUAUGAAUAAAUCAAUUAUAAAUGAAGAUAAAGCUAAACAUUAUUUUAGAGAAAUAUUAAAUGGAUUAAAAUGUAAUAUAUAAGUUUAUUUAGCUUUACAUGAAAAUUAGAUUAAUUUUGUAGAUCUUAGUCCAAAAAAUAUUUUUUAAAAAGAUGAUUCAAUUAAAAUAGGAUAAAUUAAUAUCUGUUUUGACUAAUUAGCAAAUAUGUAAACUGAAGAAGAUUUCAAAAAUAUUGGAAUUGUAAAAGAAAUAAUUCCACCAGAAAUUCUACAAAAUUAAACUAAAUUUUCUAUGGUCUCUGAUUUAUACACUGCAAGUGUUCUAUAUUUUAAAAUGAUAUAUAAAAGAUUCCCUUUUAAUGGUGCAACAAAAGCAGAAUUAAUUGAAUAAAUCAAAGAAAAUAAUAUAGUAAAUAGAAUAAUCAUAAUAGGAUUUCACUUGUUAAGAAUAAGAAGUAAGUAAAGAGACUAUUGAUUUUCUAUAAUAAACUCUUAAGUAUGAUCCAAAUCAAAGAUUAAAUUGGUCAUAAGUUUAUUCUCAUUCUUUAUUGAAAUUGCUUAACAUUACGAAUGAUUAUAUAGUUUAAUCUACUCUAUUAUCUAUUUCCAUUAAUAAAUUAAUUACAAGAUCAGAUCUUAUAACAAAAACCUUUGAUUGUGAAAAGAAUAGAUAAUUUUAUUAAGAGAUAGAAUAAAAUAAUCAAGAUGUUAUUAAUGAAACUGGAGCAGUUAAAAAAUAUGAUAACAGUAAAAUUUGAAAUCAUUUAAUUGUAUUUUAGUUUUGAAUCAAGAAUAAGAGUAAUUUUAAAAAUAAUUAUCGUUUGUUAAAGAUCUUUUUAAAAAUUAAAGAACUAAUUUAUUAAAGAAAUAAAUAGAUUAUUAUAUUGAAUAAAGGUAUUUAGAAUAAAUUUUAUAAUAGAAAUAUGUAUUCUAGUUUAUCAGAAACACUUAGUUAUGUGAGAUUAUUUGAUGAGGAAUUUUAAUCAUUUACUUUAUAAUUUGUAAUUCUAAAGAUCAUUUUUCUUAUUUCAUAAUCAUUAAUUUUACAAAUAUAUGAAAUUAAAUAAAUAAAUAGAUCUGAUCAAUGUUUCACUUUAGAUUUAUAGGAAGAAUAUGAUAAUUUUUAGAAGAAAAUAGAUGAAGAACAUAAAAUUAUAGAUUCAUAAUUUACUAAAAUUUUAAGGUUAUCCUAAUCAAAUCUAGAAAGAGCAAGAAUGAAAGGAAAUGUUGAUUAAAGAAUAUCUGAAAUACUUAAUAAAACAUCAUAGUAUACAUUAUUUGAAAUUUUGAGAGAUUAAACAAAACUUUUUAUUGAAAAAAUACCUUCAUUUAAAGUAAUAGAUUAAAUUAAAAUAGAUAAUAUAAAAUGAUAUCAAAAUGUAAUAUGAGAUUAUAAUUCAAGUCUUAUUUAGUUUAGCUUUAAUAGUCUCAUACUUAUUGAAAUGGAGUCCUACAUAAAUACUUUAAAAAGCUCCCAUUGAGUAUUUAGAAGUAAUAAACAAUAAUUUAUAAUUUUAGUUUAUUAGAAAUGAAUCAAUAGAGGGUCUUUAAAAUGAAUGUAAAUCAAAAUAAAAUAGUAUUGAUUAAGCUUUUGAAAAAAUAUCAAAAGGUUAAAUUAGACAAUUUUGA